AUGUACGUACAACAGGUCUGCUCGGCGGCAUACAAGGUCGUUUGUGCUGAAGCAUUGCGCACAGCUGCAGGUGACACGGACUCGAUCCCAAGCAUCAUGAAGACGUCGACAGCGCAAGUUAUCUUACCUGACGAUUCACGGAUCCACGGUCCUCCAUCUCUGUUCUAUGGCGGACUCAUGAGGAUGGGUUCACUGUCUCUAGCACAUGCUCUAUCAAUCCUGGGAAUGCAAGCACAUCAUGCUCUAGAGGCUAGCUGGGACGAUUGGAAAACACUCAAGCAUGCUGCUGAUGCGACUUGGCCAGGUCCUAACAAUAAAGCAAUUUCUUUCAAACAGGCAGAUUGGAACCAGCUCUUCGGUAAUUACGAUUGCAUUACCGACAUUGCAUCACUGUUUGCACCUCAAAUUCUAGAAGCUUAUCCCAACAUAAAAGUCAUCGUUGUGCAAAGAGACUUUGAUGACUGGUGGCCUUCUUUCAAAAAGAAUGUCAUUUUGCCUACCCUCGAUCAUGGUUCGAUGCUCCAGCACUACGCCAAAGCAAUAGAGACGAUGGCAAGCGUGGCUCCCUGCAGCACCAUGCAGCAGAUUUUGUUGUCUUAUUAUUCAGCCAAGACGAUCGGUGAGGUCGAGGCAAAUGCACGCCAGAAAUACGAAGAGCACUAUGCUCACGUCAGGAAGGUCGUGCCCGCAGAACGACUGUUGGAGUACCGUCUCAGAAGUGGAUGGGAACCUCUGUGUCGAUUCCUCGACAUGAAAGUGCCUAAUGUACCCUUUCCGAGGGUCAAUGACACAGCAGACUUCAAGACGCGGAUCUCUGGCAGGAAAACAGAGCUCAUGAUGCUGGCUUGGAAACGAGCGCAAAUUGCGGCGUCCAGAAAGUUUGCAGAAAAGAUUGAUAUUGUACAACAAGCUUUGGAACGUUCACGCUCUUCUCAUGGUGGCCGAGAGACUGUGACUGCAAAUAGAAGUCGUCUGCUAAAACUGAGUGCAUGA